CGUUCCAGAACAUUUUUUUUUUCCUUCCAUCGCAGCACUUAUCAUUUCCGAGGUGUGUAUGAACGCAGCAUGACGCCGCCUGUGGUGGCUCAUUACAUUAUCUGGCAACCGGAGUGGCAGCGGACAGAAGAGAGGGGAUCCCCGGGAUUUUUUUACGCCAAAGCCAGCUAAAUACUGACGCCAAACAAGUGAAAACCGCGGGGGAACUCGACCCGGCUCCUCCUAUAUACUCCGGUGAGAGCAGCCAUGUCAGAAGAGGCGGUGCGUCAAACGCGCAGCCAGAAGCGAGCUCUGGAGAGGGACCAUGCAGCUCUUGGCGGAUCCCCAGGGGACAUGGACGGCAAGCGGGUAAAGCUGGAGAGAGGUGAUGCAGCUGGGGCCCCGCUGGCCCUGGUGGGACCUGCAGCUGAGGGCAUGAAGCUGAAGAGUGAGCAGGCUGCUAAGGUAGCAGCCAGCAUCCUGAAGACUGGGGAGGUGAAGGCUACCAUCAAGUUGGAGGUGCAGACUGGAGACGAACCCGUGGACAUGAGCACAUCCAAAAGUGACAUCAAGAAAGAACAACAGCCGCCUUCUCCAGAUGAUGUGAUUGUGUUAUCAGACAACGAGCCGUCCAGUCCCGUCAUGAACGGCCACUGCUUCACGAAGACGGACACAGAUAAGCUCAUGAAGAGCUCACCUGAGGAAAGGGAACGUAUUAUAAAACAGCUCAAGGAGGAACUGAGGCUCCAAGAAGCCAAACUGGUUCUCCUCAAGAAACUACGACAAAGCCAGAUCCAGAAGGAAAGCACUGUACAGAAGGCGAGUGGCUCAGUGGCCACUCCUCCUCCUCUAGUUCGAGGCAGCAUGACAUCCAGUAAAGGACCCCUUCAGGUGACGGGUCGCAGCUCAGGCACGGUGAUCCCCCCACCCUUAGUGCGGGGUGGACAGCACAUCCCGUCCAAACACAACUCUCAGAUUGUGAUGCCACCUUUGGUCAGAGGAGCUCAGCCUAUUGCGGUGACCCCUCAGCAGAUCGCUAGCCUGCGGCAGCACCAGCAACACAGCGGUUCAGGUCCGCCCCCACUGUUACUGGCCCCCAGGGCUUCUGUCCCCAACGUCCAGAUCCAGGGCCAGAGGAUCAUUCAGCAGGGACUCAUUCGAGUGGCUAACGUAGCCAACAACGUCAUGGGCUCCUCCGGUCUUAAAGGCUCGUCUCCCAGCUCCAGUGUCAAUGAUUCUCCGGCUAGCAGGCAGGCGGCCGCUAAGCUGGCUCUAAGGAAGCAGUUGGAGAAGACUCUUCUGGAGAUUCCUCCACCCAAACCUCCUGCUCCCGAGUUCAACUUCCUGCCAUCCGCGGCUAAUAAUGAGUUUAUCUACUUGUUGGGGUUAGAGGAGGUGGUUCAAAAGCUACUCGAGAUGCACGGCCGGGGUAAUCUGGGUCCUGCCGCUUCCAUGGCCAGCUUCAAUUCCAAAGACCCGUACACCUGCGCCCAGUGCAAGACGGACUUCACCUCCCGCUGGAGGAAGGAGAAGGCCGGCACCAUCCUCUGCGACCAAUGCAUGUCGUCCAAUCAGAAGAAGGCCCUAAAGGCCGAGCACACAAACCGUCUGAAGGCAGCCUUUGUGAAGGCACUCCAGCAGGAGCAGGAGAUCGAACAGCGUAUCCUCCAGCAGACGGCCUCCUCAUCCUCCUCCAAAACCACCUCGUCCUCCUCUCCCUCGCUGUCCAAGAGCGAGGUGCUGAUAUCCCCGCAGUACAAGCAGAUCAGGUCUGACUUGCAGCACCGAUCAGUGUCUGCACACCACUCCAUUAAGCAGAGUCAUUUGGCACACAGCAUCCAGUCUCGUGGCGUGGCGCACUCCUUUACCUCCUCCCAGCUGCAGAACGCAGUGACGGCGGCCGCGCUGGGCAGCAGAGCAGGGAAACACGCUGCCGCUCUCUCACUGCAGCAGGGAGCAAAGGUCAGCGCCAGCAGCAGCGGUAACCAGGGCAACAUGGGAGCCUGGAGGAAGCAGGGCAGUGGGAACGCAGGAGUGACGAUGGCCUACGUCAAUCCCAGCUUGUCUGCUCAUAAGACCUCCUCUGCAGUGGAACGUCAGCGGGAAUAUCUGCUGGACAUGAUUCCUUCCCGCUCCAUCUCCCAAGCAGCAAACACAUGGAAAUAAUGCAAUCUCUCCCCUCCUCCUGAUGCCACAGCUUUUAGCCCUCCUAAUAUCAAUAACAGCCAUGCUCAUUAUCAUUCUAUUGUUUUCUAUAGACUCUGGCUCGGACGGCCGGGAUAAGAACUCUUUUUCUCGUUGAUCAGAGGUGCAUUUAAACCUUUUCUCGACGCCUUCUUAUGCUACCUUGUUCCUUUUCUGAAUCACUUCCUUAACGGAGUUGUGCUGCAGCAGCUUCAGGGAUGCAAGGAACAUGUCAUAGACAUUUUCGGGGUACCUUUUGCAAGACUUGGGGACUCGGUGGGGGGGCACUUCGGCUCUUCCAACUGUUUACUGCUCGAACCGGGAAGAAAGUGGCAAAAAAACAAACAAAAUAAAUAAAAACAACGCUGAGCGUUCCUCUUUCUGGACUACGCAGGGAUUAGCAAUGAUCACUAUUAUACACACGAUUUGUCCUGCAUCCUGCCCCUCUGCCGCCCCCUCCCCUCCAGCCAGAGCCACUCAGGCCCGCGCGCUGGCCUAACCAAACUCUCCUCCGGACCUCAUGACGGGGAUCGUUGACCUUCGAGGACCAUUCGUAAAAUAUUAACUGCUUUAGCUUUGCAACAAUGAAUAAGACAAACAUAAAAAUAAAAAUAAAAACCCAGACUGACGAGGAAAGAGAAAAAAAAAAAAAAGAAGAAAAAAGGAUCUAUCUGCACACAGACUGCCUCUUCUCACCAACCUUCGGCGUGUAAAUUAGAGAAGUUGUCUGUUGGACUAUUUUGUAUGGCUGAAUGUUAGGAUUUUGUGUUCUCUUCUGUAAGUCCUAUGCUGUGUUUGGAAUAUCGUGCUCCCUGACACUUUGGAAGUGGCCUCUUGUUGAGGUCUGAAUAUAAAAAAAAAAAAGGCUAAUGUUACUGUUGAGGUGGUUUUACAUCUGCUGGUUUCCAUUAUUGUGGCCUAGUUUUAAAUACUUUUUUUUUUGUCUUUUUGCUAAGAUGAUGAGGAAGAAUAAAGAUUAAGGGUUUCAUUGACUCAUGUUAAAAAAGAAAAGAAAAAAUAACUUAAAAAAAAAAAAAAAGAAAACAAGGAGCAUAUUUGGAGGACUAUUCUUAUUGAAUAUUGUAAAAUAAACCUUCCAAAGAACUAGUGGAGCCCAAAUGGAAUCCCUUCUGCUAGAAGGUUUCUAGUUUAUUUGAACCCUCUCUGGAUAUGAACAUGAAUUCAUGCUAAACUGAGUGGGUGUAAGGAAUGUCAAGUUUUUGACAUUUUAAUUUUGCUUUUUAGUCAUAGGUUGUGGUGCAUUACUUUUUUCUUUUUUUUUUUUUUUUUUUGUUCCUUUUACGGACAAAACUGUCUGAAUUUAUUUAUAGGGUUAGUAAAGACUUGCAUAUGCCCUACGUUUUCAAUGAAUAUUGGUUUAAAAUGUGUUUUUUUUUUUCUUUUUUGUUUUGUUUUCCCCUCUGUGUCAAGCGGCUCUCACACAACCUUCGACCGGUUUGAGCGAAGCUGGACAGCUUUCAGAAUGUAGUCAUGCAAAAACAAAAACUAAGCCCUUCUGCAACCGAUGACGAACUUCUUAGUCUCUAAGGUGUGUAUGAUUUCUGUAAAGUCGAUUCUUGCAUUUUACAUGCGCAACAGUGUGUUUUUAAUCAGAUUGCAGCAGCACAGGCAGACGUAAAGUGUCAUGGUAUAAAACAAAAACAGGAUGUUACGGUCACGAGAGAAAACGGGCUGCUUUUCUUCUAUCAGCCAGCAGGGCGGCCCCGCUUAUGUACCACUUAUCCGAUGGUGUUCUCGUUGUCUUAUUGGAAAAUUUACAGUAAUAAAAAAAAAAAGAGAGAGAUGCACGAUCGGGCUGUAACAGGUUGACACACGCUUUUUCCAGUCUCACCUGCUGAUUCAGAUUUUAUGUUGGUUUUUCUAAUUCAAAAGGACUAUAAUGCAUGAGACAAAUGUGUGCUGCGGGUCUGUGAAGGAGGCAGUAGUUUUGAGUCAAAAUAAAUUCCCAGAUGUUCUAAGAGUAUCGCCCAUCUAUGCAUCAAAGCAUGUCCUUGACCUAUGACUUUUAGAAAACUCCACAUGCUGUCGAUUUAAUGAAAAUGGGGGCAAUCACAAUUUUCAUGCUUUAAUGGCUGAGGGGAAGGGGAAAAAAAAUCCCAACAAUUUCUCAGUAAUUAAUAAACAAAAACAAAAGCUCUGUUCUGAUCUGUUCAGUUGUUUGCUGCAUCUCUCAAAAGAGUUAGUUAGAUUCAAUUUAGUCAAAUUGAAUUAAAAGUUACUGCCUGGCCCGAUUGUUGUGUUCAGUCUCACAUUUUCUAACUCUUUGUUGCACUCAAAGAUUAUGUCCUCAUAAGCUCCACGUCUUGAAGCCUAUUGUCCUCACGUCAGAUGAAAUGCUUUCGUUUGUUUUGUUUUAUGGAAUCUAACGGUUGGACAAUUGCUUUAUAUGUCGGCGCCUCAAGUUGAAAUGUAUCCCUUGAUUUUUGGGCUUUCAUUAAAACAAAACAAAAUGUUUAACAUGUGCAGAUGCCUGGUGGUAAUGCAAACAUUCAGAAAUUAAUGUAGAUUGCUUGUGAAGUUCAUGUUUUCUACUUUGGCGUAGAAGGGGAAAUAUUCCAGGUUGUGUGUACAUUCCUGAUGAGCAAAAAAAAAAAAAAAAGAAAAAAUAGCAACUCGUAUAUUGUGGGAGCAAAAACUAGCAACCUGGAAUGAGCCCAUGCCUCUUUCGUUGCCCUCCUGGUGCAACCCUGUGCUGUCCUGACGACUGCCUGCUGCUGCUGCUGUUUGGCAACAUUAUCAUCACCAUUCCGUUGUUUGUUUGUGUGUUUGGGGUCAGCUGCUGACUGCAGUGAAGCGCAAAUGGACAACAAUGUAUAAGGUUUUGUUUUUGUUUUGUUUUGUUUUUUUUUGGGCUGUUUUGGAUUUUUUUUUUCUGCUCUGUCAAAUAAUAAAACUAAUUUUAACCCCUG